UGUUCGGCUUUUUAUUUAUUCCUACGUGAGCAGAUCCACUACACUUCCUGCAUAUAAACAGUGAAAAUUACAAUAUAAAGGACGCGUUUUCCUUCUUUCGGAGUAAUUGUGCUGCUGACCAAAGCCUGGCUUGCUUCACGAGGACGAGGAAUCCACGUUCUGCAGGUAAUCCCACGGCUUCAAGCCUCCCCACGCCUGCUCGCCACAGCUGCCAGGCCUCAGCCCAGCUCACGAGGUCCAGCCGACACCAGCGUUGGCUCAGGCUCCCGGACACUGCAGCCCGGGCACACUCCGCCCACAGGUGAGCAUCAGCCGGGACGCCACGGCAGGGACGCCUCUGAGUUCUCUCCAACACCUCGAUCCCAUCCCAGUCACGGCCCACUGGGUUCGGUGAGACGAUUUAGGAAGCCACGUUUCCCACAGAGACCAGCAUGAAAGAAAACAACGAUGGCCCCAGAGGAAACAUUUGAGAUGGACCUGACUGCGGGACCUUCCCUCGGGAGUGUCACGUCUUGUCACUGAAGCACCCCCCCCCCCCCCGCCACCCGCCGCCGCCCCAGGUCACUUAUCCCUCCGCCUGCUUCCACGCUGCCGAGAGGAGAUGCGUUUGAGUCUCCUGCGGUUUUACCCUGGAAACGGAUGUCCCGGGAAAGGAAGCCGCGGGCCCCGCGCCUAGCAGGUUUCUUUCGGAAUCCACACAUCGGAAGCCUGAUGCAAGCCCCUAAAUGGUCCCUUUGUUGCGUCUCUGCUCGCGACAGCACACUUCUGCCAGGAACAGAGCUGCCUGCUGGCUUCCCUUGACAAACAGCCCCCCCGCCCUCCCGACAGAGCGGACGCUUAAUAUCGGCCCGGCUUGCUGUUUCGCGCAGCGGUGAUUCUCCCCUGUCGUGGGAAUCAUGUUUUAACUAGAGGAGUCGUACUUCACCAAGCCCCCCCGGAGAGGAAGCCAGGGGCUGGGAAUGGCAGACGGCACCCGCCCUUCCCCGAGGAGUGGAGUUCUCCAGCCGGCCUGGCACCGCCCCGCGUCGGACACUGCCCCCAAGACCUAAGGACGGACAUGAGCCCCGGAGCCCGCCCUUCCCAGUGAGCCUCCAUGGCCCAGACGCACGUCAAAGUGCGGCCUGUGCUCCUGAAACGGAACAGCCUGGAGUCGGCGGAGCCCGUGCAGCCGCCCCAGCACCGCAGGACCAAGUCCCAGCAGGUGAGGUUCCAGGAGGAUGGGGCCGCUCAGACCCCACCCGCCCCCGCGCCCCCAGACCCCGCGGUGAUGGGCAAGACUCAAGCAGCCCGGCACCACCCGCUGCCCCCCUACUCCCUCUCCUUCCCCCGGUCCCAGAAGGCGGGGGGCCUGAGGAACAUGGCGAUCCAGACCUCCCCCAGUCUCAGGAAACACUUCCCGGUCUUCCGGAGGAAGCGGCUCACGGCCAGCAAGUCCUUGGUGGAAAUGCCCACGGCCUCCCAAAGUGCCACCCAGCUCAACGGCAACCUCUCCGAGCAGGACAUGGUGUCCUCCGACCUGGCGUACCUGCGGCUGGCUCAGCCUCUGGAGGACGGGCCUCAGAGGGUCAGAGUGUCCCACGCGGCACUCCCGAGGGUGCCCAAGGUGCAAAGCAACGGCCCCGUCAGCCUCUGCGUGGACGCCGCCGCGAUGUGGGGCGCCUCGGAAAGAUCAACGGCGGCCAUUCAGGUCCCCGAUGACAUUUACCAGAGUCCGAGCUGGGCAGCGAGAGCGCCCGCUUGCAGGCCGGAAAGGUCGGCCGAGAGGAGCCACUCCACACCCCCCUCGGCUGACACGUGCCCAGGGGACAGGAGAAGAAUGCCACCACGAGAGGCAGAACCACCCCCCGCCUGCUCCAAUGCCACCAGCGGUGCCAACCACAUUCCAGGCACAGGGAAACUAAAACCUGAGUUGCUUUUGCCCAAAGAAAACCUGGAUGACCAAGACUUUGGCCCCUCGGCAUCCCGGCCCAAGGAACCGUGUGUCCCCUCCCCUCUGCGCACGCACAGCGCCUCCAUGCUGGACUCCCACGGCCCACCCGCUAAUCCGGGAGGGGCUUCAGACUGUUUGCCACCCGGCGACGGGCACCAGGACCGGCAGUCACCCCGGCCUCCCGGCGCGUCAAAACCUGCUGCCACCGCGUGUCAGGAACAGACCGUCCAGGGCGCGCCCCCGCCAGGCAGCCCUCCGGAGAUGCAGAGCUGCCUCGGAGGUGAUCACCUUGCGUCCUCUCUGCCGAGGAGGGACACGGGGCAGAGCAGCAGGGAGGCCGGCGGGACUCACCAGACCCACCCAGCACAGGGGGAGCUCUGCCACCUCCAAGGCAGGCUGCAGUCCGUGGAGGAGUCUCUGCACUCAAACCAGGAGAAGAUUAAAGUCCUUUUGAAUGUAAUUCAAGACUUAGAGAAAGCUCGAGCUCUCACAGAAGGACGCAACUUUUAUCGAACCGGCCAAGAUCUGAACAACUGCAGAACAUGCCAGAACACAGCGUGCAUCAUAUACAGUGUAGAAUAUGAUUUUCGACAGCAGGAAGGCAGGUUCCAUGAGGUUCUACAGAGCCUGGAGGAAGUAGAAGCAGCUGAGGAGACGUCUCCCCCGCCGAAGUCCCCAGCGGAACCUCCGGUCCCUGAGAAACAGGACAUGAGGAGGAAAACCAAAAAGGUGAAGAAGAAAUGCUUCUGGUGGAUCUGAACUUGGGGGGACCAUUGUUCUGCCGUCCACUCCCCCGGACACCUCCCUGAGGUGAGGAAGCACUGCCUCAGGCCUUCUCGAUUCCUUGAGUGGCUGAGGGCCACUCGUCCGGCAGAACAGGAAAGAGCUGAGCGGCUUUGGCCACGGAUGGACACUUGACCACAACCUCGCCUGGAAGAGUGCCACUGCUUGCUGAUGACUCCUGGUACCCUAAAGUGAUCACUUGUCACAUGCCCUGCCAUCCACGGCCAGGCUGUGUCCUGGCUUGCUAGAUUCUCCCGGUGAUAGAGCCCCUGUGGUACUUUCCAGAACCUCUGUGAUGCUAAGCACCUUCCACCUUCCCAUCCUGGGUUCAUGAUCCCAGGAGAAGGAAGGACACGUCACACAGAGCAGGAAGCUCAGGGCAGGUCGUCAACAGAAAUGCCGGGGCAUGGGGAGAACAUAGGUACAUAAACUAGCUGCUUUCUGAGAUACUGGGGUACACGGGCACAGCAGAGGCCUACAGAUGCAAGAUUGCCCUGGUGGGUUGAGUAUUUUUCAUCCAUCCUUGGUCCCAAAGCAAGGAUCUGUCAUAUGCUAUGUGGCAGGGUCCAGUCACCGCAGAGUCAAAGGCACUCGGUAUGGCUGCCCGGAUGUUGUAGCUGCUCCAAGGCCAUCCUGCUUCCUGGUCUGGGUCCUGAGACAGACAGCCAAAGGCUGGGAUAUGGUUUGGGUCUGAACUAUAAGAUUCCAGCGUUAAUUUUCCUGCAACAUGAUCCAUGAUAUCCUACAGUCUGUCCGUUCCAUCUUGCCAGUAACACACAUAAGACAAAGAUAGAUCACAGUGCUGAUUUCCUCACCCAUUCUUCCCCACAACAGCCUUGUAGAUAGGUUCAAAGGUAUCUAUUAAUCUACACACUCUCCCUCCCCGGCGGCGGCCAGGCACCGGUCACCUGACUGAAGAACUCAGGUCUGAGGGGUAGGCUAUAUAUAUUCCUUUUGGCAUUAAAGACCUUUCUGUCCCCAAGUCUGGAUUCUUUUAAAGUCUGGCUCGUUCUUUUGAUAAGAUCAACCCAUGUAUGUGGGAUCCAGUCAAACGUGCAUGGCUGAACGAACAAAAUGCUGAAGUAAUAGAAUUAAGUAACUGCUACAUACUCUUGGGGAUGAGGGCUAGGUUGGCAAGACUCAUACUCCUUAGUUGAAUUUUUCCACCAGCCUUAGAAAGGGGACCCUAAAGGCCAUGCUCGUUCCGUGAGGGAGGCUUGUCAGGAGUCCCCGUGAGUCCCUGCAGCACGCAGAGGCCCAUGUGGACGUGGGCAUCACAGACCUACUGUAAGUGAGACGCACUGAGCAAGCCUCUCUGGCGGUUCCACCUUUCCGUUACCACGCUGCAGUGCGGGAGCUAUUUCAGUGAGGGUGAGAGGGAAGUUUGGCAAGAAAUCUCGGCUUGCACUAUUUAAGUCUGAGGAUGUCAUUCAAGAUGUUCUUGUUCUGCUUCUAGUAUAAUGUUUAAACCCACAAAAUGAGAACAGAAUACAUAAUGUUAAGUUAGAAUUAAGAUAAAUACACUUGUCAUACUUAAGAAGCCACAUUUCAAUAAGAUGUGCUGCCACUGGCUAAAAGCCACCGAGCUUUUUGUACCCACACAAUCAGCUAAGUCUCUGUUGGCUCCAACAAUGGAAAAGAACAGCGCCGGGGAUAGUCCAAUAAAGGGGGAAAAAAAAAGCAUCUGGGAUCUCUUAUAUAAUUCUAUCUCAUAGUAGAGCUUCCAUUUUAAUUUGCUCUGCUGACAUGAAUUUUCAAAUUAAUUUAUCGUUUUGGGCAGCAUGCUAGAAUGAAAAUAAUCCUGUUCCUGAAAUUAAGAGGCACAGGUACCAGAGCAGUACACGCCACUCAUCGUGGCAAACUGCUCACAAUUUCAGGGCCUGUUUAUCUAUUUCCGAAUGAGGUUAUAAACACCUGCUCUACCUACUUCGUGAGCUCUGUGCACAUGCCAGCAUCUGAUGAGCAGAGCCGCCCAGGGCUGAGCUGCUCCAUUCGCCAAAGUUAUCCUGGAAUGAUAGAGGGAAAUCUGAGGAGCUCCAAGAAUGGGUAACCCAACACCUGCGUAAGCCAGGAGGGUCGGGGUCUCAUGCACGUGUGUUGAUACGGGGGGCUUAGGUAAGCCCUCAGCUGAAGGGAAGGAAACGGGGGUCGGAACAUGUUGAUAGUGUGAAAAAUGAAACCAGAUGAGGUGAUAAUGAUUCGAUACCAAAGCACAACACAGCACUGCUUGGGCCACUGGGAGAUGGGUCUCUUUCUGAAAAUUGAACAUUUAAAACCAGAAUGAAGAAACAAGGAGUCAGUAAGCACCUUCCUGCUAAACAAAAGUGAUCUUCUUUAUGUUAACACACACACACACACAUAGACAAACACCAAAACUCAUAUACUCAUGUGAAAAUAGCUUCUUUGUAAAAUAUUAUGUAACAUUUAUCAUGAUAUUCUACAGAAAUGCUGUACUUGAGGUUAUAUGGUUUAAUGGACAGAUAUUAAUUUAGAAAACAUUACUUUUAUAAAGUGGAACGGGAAAAGACCAAUAUAUCAAUUUAAGUUUCAGGAGUUUAUGUAGCUGCUUUCUCUGUAGUUAAAAAAAAUGCAUACUACUUACUAUAUUUGGAACCUAAUACUAGCUCAUCUAUAGAGCACCUUCUCAAAGACUGUGUACUUAAUGUAAUGUUUUGUAAAUUUCUAAACUGUUUUAAAUGGGAUAUUAUCUUUUGCAAUAAACUUACAUAUUUUUCCUAGG